ACCCCUUUUCGUCUAUUAUGGAAAACCAAAAGGCCAGCUGAAACUUGAUGAAAUAUUAAGCGUGUAUCUGAGGAAACUCCCGGCGGUGUUUGAAUAUAAUGGCACCCGCUCGGCGAGCCGCUCUGCUUCAAUGGGGCGCUAUACCGGGUUGUGUUUGUCUAGGGUUGGGAUUUCACCUUAAAUAUUCAAAAUGGCGGACGGAGGAGCAGCGAGUCAAGAUGAGAGUUCAGGACCAGAUUCUAGAAUGAGUAAUCCGUCAGAAACAAAUAAAUGUGCAAUGGAGAGUGGGGACGGAAGCACAGGUGCCCAAACGAACGGACUGGACUUUCAGAGGCAGACGGUGCAAACAACAAACGCAAUCACCAGUGCACAAGCACAAGCCUUGCUCCAACAGUUGACUCUGACUCCAGCGCAGCAGCAGUUGUUGCUGCAGCAGGCUCAGGCGCAGCUCUUGGCUGCAGCUGUGCAGCAGCACUCGGCCAGCCAACAGAGCAGCACCACAGGAGCGAGUAUCUCUGCCUCCGCUGCAACGCCGAUCACACAGAUCCCCCUUUCUCAGCCCAUUCAGAUCACACCUUCACAGCAGUUGCAGCAGCUGCAGCAGCAGAACCUCAACUUGCAGCAGUUUGUACUGGUCCAGCCAGGUCAUCCAAUUGCCGCCCAGCUGCAGCCAGCGCAGUUCAUCAUCUCACAGACACCACAGGGUCAGCAGAGCCUCUUGCAAGCCCAGAAUCUUCUAACUCAACUACCUCAAAGUCAAGCCAACCUCCUGCAGAGUCAGCCAAGCAUCACUCUUGCCACACAGCCAGCAACACCGACGCGCACGAUAGCAGCUACCCCCGUCCAGACCCUCCCUCACAACCAGACGACACCAAAGCGCAUGGAAACACCCAGUCUAGAGGAACCCAGUGAUCUGGAGGAACUGGAGCAGUUCGCCAAGACCUUCAAACAGAGGAGGAUCAAACUAGGCUUCACGCAGGGGGAUGUCGGCCUUGCUAUGGGAAAGCUGUAUGGAAAUGACUUCAGCCAAACCACCAUUUCUCGCUUUGAGGCCUUGAACCUGAGCUUUAAAAACAUGUGCAAGCUGAAGCCUCUGUUGGAGAAGUGGCUAAACGAUGCAGAGAACCAGACGUCGGACCAGGGCCUGUCCAGCCCUAGCUCUAUUGGCUCCCCUGGGCUGGGCAUGGAGGGCCUCAACCGCCGUCGCAAGAAGAGGACCAGCAUCGAGACCAACAUCAGAGUGGCCUUAGAAAAGAGCUUUCUAGAGCAGAACCAAAAACCUACCUCUGAGGAGAUCACCAUGAUCGCUGACCAGCUGAACAUGGAGAAGGAGGUGAUCCGUGUGUGGUUCUGCAACCGCCGGCAGAAGGAGAAGAGGAUUAACCCGCCCAGCAGCGGCAGUGCUGCCAGCACCCCCAUUAAAGCAAUCUUCUCCCCCUCCACAUCCCUGGCGCCUAGCACAGCCAGUCUUGUGACCAGUAGCACCUCGACUACACUGACUGUAAAUCCUGUUCUGCCUCUCACCAGCACGAGUAUCUCCAGCAUUGGACUCACUGGCACCACUGUGGGCUCGGCAACUACUAAGACUGCAUCCGCCAUCUCCACAGUGCCCUCUGUGACCACGGCAACCUCGUCGCCCUCACUCAGCCCCUCCCCCAGUGCGCCACAGGCCUUGUCGGCUGAGUCGGCAGUGACUCAGGAGCCAACAAGCACCGUUACCCAGGCACCCACCACGCUGGUGAACACACUGGGCACGGGCCAGGUAAUGGUGGCUGCGUCUAGCCUGUCGGCCGCACUGCAGGGAGCUGCACAGCUGCCUACCAGCGCCAGCAUUGCCGCCAUGGCUGCAGCUGCCAGCCUCAACCCAGGCCUCAUGGCCUCCUCACAAUUCGCUCCUGGUGGGGCUCUGCUGAGUCUGGCUCCUGGUGGUCUGGGCAGUGCGUUGAGUCCAGCACUGAUGAGCAACAGCACUCUGGCCACCAUCCAAGGUGUGUGGAAUGCUCUGGCUUCAAGCGGGACUCUGCCCAUCACCUCUCUGGAUGGCAGUGGGAACUUGCUUUUUGCCAACGCCAGUGCUGGCAGCACCCCGAACCUGGUGACGGCGCCACUCUUCCUGAACCCACAGAACCUGUCGCUGCUCACCAGCAACCCGGUGAGCCUGGUGUCUGCUGGAGGAGCCGCAGGGGCCGCCGGGGCCCUCAAUCUGCAUGUCGCUACAGACCACAAUGCCGUCACCACGGCAACGGUGCCCGUCUCCACCAUCAGCAAGGCCCAGUGAAAGCCCCAUCCAGCUUGGUCCUCCUCCUUCCCCUUCUCAUCAAUCAUUAUUUAAUCCCUUUGCUACCACCAAAAAGAAACUUACUAAAAAUGAAGUUUUAUAUUAUGUUAAUAUUUUUGUUUCAUUUUCAUACCUUUUUAUCUUUUAUUUGAGAUGUUCUUUAAAAUUUUUUUGGUUUUUUUUUUAUCUUGUUGCCUGCUUUGAUUUUUCAGCAACAAACUUCAUGAAUGUUGGUGUUGCAAGAGAGCCUAGCGUUACGAUGGCCAAAACUGAACUGUGUCUGGGCUGCACGCUUGCUCAAUUGGUAAUGCAAAGACAUUUUUAUUUGAGUGAAUUUUUUUUUUUUACUCGCUCUACGUUUUGCAUUUAUAUCUUGUUAUUUGAUCCUAAAACACUCCUAACCAAAAACACAUCACUUUAUCGUUUAUUUUUCAACGGUUGAAUUACUCCUUCUUGAUAGCAUUAUUAGCCUUUACUGUGAUCGUCAUUACUGAGGAACUUUUAAGACACCUUUUGAUUUGAACUGUUGUGUUUUUUUUUUUUUUUAAAUCAGAGGUGCUGCUUUGCAGGCCUUUGGAACCUUCGUAUCAAUCUUUUAUUAUUUUUUUUCCUUUGGCUUAUGGUUUCUUUUAUCUGAUGCAGCUUUAGUCCUAUAUAAUUCUCACAUGUGGUUACAAGGCUUUAACGGAGUAAUAAGUGGCUGUGAUACGGUUUCAUUGCUUUAAGGAAUCGUUUGUACGGUCGCGGUCUGGAAACACUGAUUUAACUGAGGAAAUUCUCAAUACUUGGUAGCAAAGGUUUUUAAAACACGUUCUAGUCUGGGUCUAAAGAGUGGACCCCGAGAUGGGCUUAUUUACAUAGGAUGAAUAGCUUUAAAGGAUUGCAUGAGCAGUCAUUACAAAGGUGACAGGUCUUGGGCUGCAAUAGCUGGGCAGUGUAGACCUCAGUCACUUGUAAAGAAUGUGGAGAUGGUGCACUGAGAGCUCCUGAAACCGUUCUGCUACAGCUUAGUGGCAUGACCAUUUGAUGCCUAGACUGUGACCCGUAUUUGUCCCAAAGUCAGUCAGCCUCUUAAGGUCUUCCCAUCACAGGGUGUGCUGUCUGUGUAGUGUCAUGGUGGGGUUAUAGGAGUUUGGUGUGUGUGUGUGUGUGUGUGUGCGUUUUCAUGGUUUAGGUCAUGUAGGAGGAUACCACCAGAUGUCUGGUGGCAACUGUAACAUUUCAAGAAGCAACGUUGUCCUCUGUCCAGGAGAGUUUUAAGGUGUUUGUUUUUCUACUUGUGCACAGUACCUGUACCAAAAAAAAACUGGAUUUGAGAACUGUGGUCUGCCUGGUGUUUAGGGAGGAAAAAUGUCAUGUUCUGAGUAAGAGGUCUUUUUAUUAUUAUUAUUAUUAUUAUUAUUAUUAUUAUUAUUAAGGUCUUUUUGCUGGCCUCUCUUUAUGAUAUAUACCAAAAAUAUUUGUUAAAACAUGUUGCUGUAUAUUACCAUUGUAGCGUAGGGUAAGUUUAAAUAUUUAUGAGUGGAAGCUCUUGGUAAACCACAGGAAAUAUUAUAAUGCAAUAUUUUGAAGAUCAUUUCCAAAGACAAAACUAUAUUUUAUUUCAGUUGAUAUGGCUUCCCCCGCUCUGCUCCGUCUUGUUUGUGCAGCUAACCAAAUAACCCGAGUGGAUGUGGUGGGUUUGGAAAGGGUGGAGGUGGUCAGGACCAUGCACUGCAGCAAAAACACCCAAAAAGUAACCUGACCCCCUCCAGGUCAUUGCUGAGAAGUCUUUGUGAGUGAGAUGUGAGAGAGGGGGUAAGGGCUGACGCAGGUGUCCUCGCUCUCUCCCUGAUAAAGUUAAUAUAUUUCAAAGAUGUGCUACGUGCGGAUGGAAACAAGGUGCUUUUGUCUUACAGGUUCUUGUUUUCUGUGCGCUUCUAAGAUGUCUGAGUGUUUUGUUCCUUAAUAGACUGAAGUAGCCACUAUCUAGGCAGGUUUGGGUCAAUAUUUAGGAGAUUUAGCAGACUGAUCUGUUAUUCUCCCCUUACCAAUGUAAUUCAGCCAUGAUGUAAAGCUUGAACCAAAGUCGUUUUCUUGCUAGCUGCUGUGCCUGUGGGGAUCAGCGAAAUGCUGGCCACACGAUCACCACUCUACACUACUGACAAGCUUCCUCAUGUCUUACUUCUGUUCUUUACCAAACUCCUACAAUUCACAAAUG